AUGUCUAAGAAACGAGGUCUGAGUGCUGAUGAAAAGAAGACGAGAAUGCUUGCGAUCUUUCACCAAAGUAAAGAUUUCUUUCAGUUAAAGGAAUUAGAAAAAAUAGCUCCUAAAGAAAAGGGUAUAACAAUGCAAUCUGUUAAAGAAGUUGUGCAGAGCUUAGUGGAUGAUCAUCUAGUUGACUCUGAGAAGAUAGGGACGUCUAUUUACUUCUGGUCUUUUCCAAGUAAAGCAAGAAAUGCAAAAAAGAGAAAAUUGCAAAUGUUGCAGUCUGAGGUAGAUGAAUGUUUCAAUAAAUUGAAGAAAGCCGAAGAAAGUUUUGUAACAGAAUCAGUGGGACGAGAACCAUGUGAUGAAAGAAAUAUUACUCUGUUAUCAUUAGAACAGACAUUACAACAGGAAAAAACAUUAAAAGUCGAGCUGCAGAAGUACAGAGAUUCUGAUCCAGAAUACAUAGCACAGUUGAAGUUGGAGAUAGAGAAUUUAAAAGAAGCUAUCAAUCGUUGGACAGAAAACAUUUACAUUAUGAAGUCUUACGUGAAGAAUACUUAUGAUAUGGAAAAUGAAGUUAUUGAUCAAAGUUUUGGCAUACCAACAGACAUGGAUUAUGUUGAAAUCUAA